CAACCACUAUUUCCCUUAUACCAAUCUCUCUCAAUCUCUCUCUCUCUCUCUCUCUCGACGAACUUCUGCCGUGACGCCAAUGGCGGCCGGACUUGCGUCUACGGCCAAUAAAACUCCCCACCCUUUGGCGAUACAGAUGCCGCGAUCAUACCCGGUCCUCGCUGCCGACGCAUUGGCCAGGGACGGGAUGGUCGCCUGGUUCCGUGGCGAGUUCGCGGCGGCCAACGCCAUCAUUGACGCCCUCUGCGGCCACCUGGUGGAGCUUGGCGGCGGAGCAGGGUGGGCAGAGUACGGGCCGGUGUUCACCGCAAUCCACCAGCGGAGGCUGAACUGGAUCCCCGUGCUGCAGAGGCAGGAGUUCUACUCGAUCGCCGACGUGGUGGCGGAGCUGAAGAGAGUGGCCGCCAGGAGGUCGGCAAUGGCGGCGGCGGCAGCUGUGGAGGAGGAGGAAUUGGUUGAAGUUGAGGGCAGGGACGGGAGCGAGAGCUUCGGAGCCGAGGAGGUGAAAGAGAGCGAGCGUUUGGAAAGAGAGAAGGAGGGAAUUCCCGAGAAAGUGAUGGAGAGCGACGGAGGAGGCGGCGGCGAUUUCGAGGUUGUGGACGUAGAGGACGAUUCGCCGGCGACUGCGAGUGAUGUUACGGAUUCAGGUUCACAAGAAUUGCAGCCCACAUCAGAAAAACUCGAGAUAUGCUUCGACCACCAGGACUGCGGGGAUCGUUUGACCCAGAUCAAAUUGACAAAGGGUUUCAAAGCAAAGGAAGCUGUGAAAGGGCAAAUGGUGAAUGUCGUGAAAGGUCUGAAACUGUACGAGGACAUAUUCACUGCUUCAGAGCUUUGUAGAUUGAAUGACUUCAUUGAUGAACUCCGUGCUGCUGGCCGAAAUGGAGAACUACCAGGGGAGACCUUUAUAUUAUUCAAUGAGCAGAUGAAGGGAAACAGGACAGAGUUGAUUCAGUUUGGGCUUCCAACUUUUGAACAUAUAGAAGAAGAUACAAAAGACAGUGCAAGAAGUAAGAUCAUGCCCAUUCCAGCUCUUCUCCAAGAUGUCAUAGAUCACCUGGUUCUGUGGCAGCUACUGCCAGAGUAUAAAAAGCCAAAUGGUUGCAUCAUUAAUUUCUUUGACAAGGGGGAACGUUCAAGGCCUUUUCUAAAACCUCCCCAUUUGGAUCAGCCGGUCUCGACUCUUUUCCUUUCUGAAUCAAGAGUAGCAUUUGGUCGUUUUCUGAUGAGUGAUCAUGAGGGAAGCUACAAAGGCCGGCUCAUGCUUUCGUUGAAAGAAGGGUCUCUUUUGGUGAUGAGGGGAAACAGCGCCAGCGUGGCUAGACAUGCCAUGUGCCCUUCUCCAAACAGCAGGGUUGCCAUUACAUUCUUCAGGAUUCGUCCCAACUCCAACCAAGACCAAACCAAGUCAUUAACCAGUGACAUGCCCUUAUGGCAACCAAGCAUCAGGAGCCCAUUUGCCACAUCAAAUGCAGGUUUCUAUGGCUAUGAAGCAGCAGACAUGUUACCCCCAUUGGGAAUCCUCCAUGCUCCAGUGGUCAUUUUGGCCCCGAUACACCCUUUGUUGUUUAGCCCCAAGAAAAUUCAAACUGAAGGCACAGGGGUCUUCCUGCCUUGGCCUGUUAAAGCAAGGAAACCAGCGCGAUACCUUCCACCUCGGGCCUGGAAAGGAAGGCUUCUUAAUCUUCCAUCACCAGUUGAGACACAGAGAGCGGAUUGCACUGCUUUAUUAGGAGAUACCGUGACACAAACUGGAGUCUCUCUUGAAAAUGGCUGUCCUGAGGAGUAAUCGUCAACAUCUUCUUAAGUACAGUCAGCAUUCGACACUUGAGAAAAGCAAAGGCUCUGAAGUUGGCAGAUUUCUGUGUUGGCCAUGUGCUCAACGUUGAGGACAAUCUAUAUUGUUUGGUCUGUUAGUACGGAUUCUGAAGAAACUCUCACUUGAACUUAAGUCUAAUGGAGGCACUAGAUAGAGAAACGGAAUGCUUUUUUGGAAGCUGUGAGCCUGUGCUGUGACCAUGUUCUCGUAUGGCCUUAUAGCAGCAGCUUUAUUUGUUGUAACAACAAGGUGUCUCUGGUGUUUCAUGAUUUCAAAUUCC